UCUCUCUCCUCUUCUUCGUCUUCUUCAAAAGGAUCCCCAUAGCUGACCUGAUCUCUCUGUAUUUCUAUUAGAAGUUUUUUUCUUUUUUUUGUGGUUGUCCAUUCUCUUCAUUUUGUCUUUCUCUUCUUUCUCUUUUUUCACUUUUUUCCUGUAACUCUUCUUCUACUCCACCAUACUUACACUUUCAACCCUCAAAAACCCUACACCAAAUCUCUGAUCUGAAAAAGAGAGAAUAAACCCUUCCAUUUCUCUUAUUCAUCUUGAAAAUGACUUCAUGUAUCUGAAAGAAGCAUUAAUUUGUCCUCAUUCAUUAAACUGGAGAAGAAGAUAGUGUAACAAUGCAGGGAUUAGUUGGAGAAAUUGCUUCUCCUUGUCUGAUUCAUUCGACUACUCUCUAGCAAAACCCAAAAAGUUAUAUAAACGCUUGAGAAAGGCAGGAAAAACCUAUCCAAUUCGUAUCAAUGGCUACCAAAAUAAAAGGGAUCUAUAAAGGGUUUAAGUAUUUCACCAAGAUCUUUGUUGUGAAAGAGCGUGAGAUGGAAAUUGGGUUCCCAACAGAUGUGAAACAUGUAUCACAUAUUGGGUGGGAUGGAAACUCUGGUAAUGCUCCCAGUUGGAUGAAUGAAUUCAAGACUUCUUCUGAUUUCACCACAACUUCCAUUGGCAACAUUCAAGAGCUAAGAGGAGGAGGAGGAGGUGGAGCUGGCUCCACUUCCAUUAUCUCUUCUUCGACUUGGUCAUCUCAAGAUUUUGAAUCAAUGGAAAAGCAGUCGGAGAUAUUCAAAGACAUGCCACUGAUGGAUAAUCCAAAGAAGAGACAGAAGAGGAAGAAAUCGAAGUCAAGUUCCUCCCCAACAUCCACGCGAUCGAUGCCUGCGAAAUUGAAGAGUAAACUGGAUAGCAUAGAAGUGGUGGAAAGAAGAUAGCAAAAGAGUUUGCAAUAAUGAAACAGUAGUAGAGUUUGUGAGCUGCUGGUUUAAGGAUUUUGUUUUUUAAGGAAACUGUUAUGUUUUAUUAUUAUUGCUGUAAAUGCUCUAGUUUUUGCUUGUUUUUGUGUGGUUUUAAGGUUCACCAUUGAAGAAGAAUUUAGAUUGGGAUCUUAAUUUGUUAGACCAAAAUGUUAGAGGAUGCAAAAUAUAAGAAACUAUAUUAUUGUUAUUGUUGUUGUUUUCUUAUAUUGAUUAUGGAUUUAUCAUGAGGAUUUAAGGUCAAUUAUACAGUUCUAGUGAUGGA